GUAAGCGUAAACGCAAAAAGCGCAACUAGUUUGUUCACAUUACUGUUGCAUUGAGCGUAAAGUACGCAACAAUCGCAACCAAAUGUUGGAGUACCCGCUACUUUUACGACAAGCACAGAUACGACUGUUACGACGCCGCCAAUGCACGAAGCAGUUUCGGUUUGCAUCUUCCGGUCACGGAGCUUCCGGCCUCCCCAGAUUCCGCGUUUUCAUUCGGUGCCCGCCAUCCCAGCAGUCCGACGUAGCACCGUUCUUUGAGUCUCUAUGCGGUUUGACGCUCUUAUUGUGCUGUGUGUGCUAGUGGCUGGUGAGGAUACUAGCUUCGGAAGCCUCUGCGUGACCGCCAUCCCAGCCACCCGGCGUUGCAACGCUGUUCCUUGCUGCUGCUGCCGACGCCAUCCGCGUUUUCCCGGGUUCGCGCCGAACGCGCGCGGUGUCCCUGAGUGCAGUGCGGUUUUCCGGUCUCAUUGUGUUGUGUACACUGCCCGUGGCUAGUGAUGAUGCUAAGUGCGGAAGCUUCUUCGCUGUGCAGCGAUGAAUUACUAAUUGAAGAAGUGCGACAGAGGCCGAGACUGUAUGACCAGCGCCUGAAAAGUUACCGGGACAAGCAACUGCAAAACGACGCCUGGUUGGAGAUAGCGAGCGCAUUGAAACAAAGCGUGGCAGAGUUGCAGCAUCGCUGGAAUUGUCUUCGACAGAAGUUCCUUCGACUGCGAAAGACAUACGCCAAGCCUGGCAGUGGCGCAGCGGACGUUGCUAAAUCAUGGCUAUUGAUGCCCCAUCUCAUGUUCCUGGCAGACGCUAUACAACAUCGAAGUCUGGCGAGACAAGAUGCCUCAGCUGCUCUGUCUCUAGGUCACUCAGUCGAGUCAGCCAGUGACUCAACAUCGUCGGUGGGGGGUUCGUGCCGCACAUUCUACAUUGACAGCACACAAGAUGCAUCAAUUCCUGACGAGGUGCUUCAAGUUUUGUCCACUCCAGACGCUUCGUCGAACCCAAGCAGCGAGGUGGACUCACGGCCUGUCACCAUCGCACCAGGGACAUCAUCAGUGUGUUCAGACAAAAGUUAUGCACCACCUAAUAACUCAAACAAGCCUGCGAAAAGAAAACAAAAAGACCUAGAUGAUUUGAUGAACACGACACUUGCCGCCAAUCGCCAGCGACUGAAUGAAUUGACGACAGCUGUAACAUCAGUAGAUGAGGAUGAACAUUUUCUGUUGAGCUUGAAAGGUCCUUUAGUUAAAGUAGAUGGCCGCAAGAAGGAGCACAUCAAGCUGCAGAUUUAUAGCCUAUUAGUUGAGGCAGCAUACCCUCCUCAUGCUGCAGAGCCGUGAGCACGCGGUCUAGGUCCGUACCUCUCAUGUAUUACAGCUGAUAUUUGUGGCCAUUUAUCUCAUGACCUGCAAGGUGUAAGCAGACUUAUUGACAUCCAUAUCAGUUCUUUGCUCUGUGUGUUGAAAAAGAUUUAGUGGAAGCUUGUAACGUUUUUCCUGGGCCACUGCAAUUUUCAAGGUGAAAUGUGCAAUAAACAUCCUGUGGAACA